UCGCUAGCUAUCAUUUAUUCUCAGGCUUCCCCACUUACAUACAAAGCCUAAAAUUUUAAAGUUUUUAGUAUAUUUUUUUUUCUUUGCGUCUCAAUUUCAAUCUCCAAAAUGGCACCCCAAGCUGAAUUGCAACAAGAAGAAAUCAUUUAUCGUUCAAAGCUUCCUGAUAUUUAUAUCCCCAACCACCUCCCUUUACAUUCGUAUUGUUUCCAGAACAUAGCGAACGUCGCCUCCAGGCCCUGUUUGAUUAAUGGGACCACAGGUAAAGUUUAUACUUACGCUGAAGUUGAGCUCACCGCUCGAAGAAUUGCCUCUGGGCUCAACAAGCUCGGCAUCCAACAACGCCAAGUGAUCAUGCUCUUGUUACCCAACACCCCGGAGUUCGUCUUGUCGUUCCUCGGCGCUUCCUUCCGUGGCGCCAUUGCCACGGCUGCCAAUCCUUUUUUCACUCGGGCGGAAGUUUCAAAGCAUGCGAAAGGCUCCAACGCGAGGCUCAUUAUCACGCAAGCCAGUUACGUUGACAAAGUAAAAGAAUUCGCCCAAGACAACGAUGUCAUGGUCAUGUGCAUUGACUCAGCCCCAGAGGGCUGUUUACAUUUCUCCGAGUUGACUCAAGCCGACGACAACGAUCUCCCCGAAGUCGAUAUAGCCCCUGAGGAUGUCAUAGCACUGCCCUAUUCGUCGGGAACGACGGGGCUUCCCAAAGGGGUGAUGUUAACGCACAAAGGUUUGGUCACCAGCGUGGCGCAACAGGUCGACGGAGAAAACCCGAACUUGUAUUUCUACAGCGAAGAUGUGAUCUUAUGUCUUCUUCCCAUGUUCCAUAUUUACGCUCUGAAUUCAAUCAUGCUUUGCGGGCUACGUGUUGGGGCUGCAAUUUUGAUCAUGCAGAAGUUCGAGAUUGGGUUGGCGUUGGAGCUGAUACAGAAAUACAAAGUGACGAUUGCUCCGAUUGUGCCGCCUAUAAUGUUCACCAUUGCUAAGUCAUCGGAAACUGAUAAAUACGACUUGUCUUCCGUAAGGAUGGUGAAGUCCGGGGGUGCACCUUUGGGUAAAGAGCUUGAGGACGCUGUAAGAGCCAAGUUCCCUGGUGCCAAACUCGGGCAGGGGUACGGUAUGACCGAGGCAGGACCAGUUCUAGCAAUGUGCUUAGGAUUUGCCAAGGAACCAUUCGAAAUAAAAUCCGGGGCUUGUGGGACUGUAGUAAGGAACGCAGAGAUGAAAAUUGUUGAUCCCGACACUGGUUCUUCCCUGCCAAGAAAUCAAGCUGGAGAGAUCUUUAUUAGAGGAGAUCAGAUCAUGAAAGGGUACCUUAAUGACCCUGAGGCCACAGCUAGGACCAUUGACAAAGAUGGUUGGUUACACACCGGGGACAUCGGUUACAUUGAUGAUGACGAUGAGCUCUUCAUUGUCGACCGAUUGAAGGAAUUGAUCAAAUACAAAGGCUUUCAGGUUGCCCCUGCUGAGCUUGAAGCCAUGCUCAUUGCACAUCCUGAUAUCAUCGAUGCUGCUGUGGUCGGCAUGAAAGACGAGGCGGUUGGCGAAGUUCCUGUUGCGUUUGUGGUGAAAUCAGGCAAAUCAGAAAUCAGUGAGGAUGAAAUCAAACAGUAUAUUUCCAAACAGGUGGUGUACUACAAGAGAAUAAGCCGUGUGUUCUUCAUUGAAGCCAUUCCAAAGGCUCCGUCGGGAAAAAUUCUGAGAAAGGAAUUGAGAGCUAAAUUGGCCACUAAAAAACAUUGAAACCUGGUUUCAAAGCCUGCCCUGGAAGUUUGAAAUAAUAUACAACCGAUCCCUGUUAUAAGCGGGUCUGGAAAGGUGUAAAUUACUUGUUAGAGGAAAUAUAAUUGAUUAAUACCCUGUUUCUUUUUUCCCUUUUUUCUCCUUUGUAAGAAGAUUGUCUCAUGGCAAAUUGCAUAAUUGAGACCACAAAAACAACGGUAAUAUAAUUCCUUAUGUCUUUAUAUAUUGUUUACUGAUAAA